AUGGAAUCUGUGUCGAUCCCUGCACUGGUUGCUGGACUUAUUGAUUGCGUAGCCCAGCUAAUAAGAAUAGCCGAGGAGCUGUUGCAGUUUGUCUCACAGGAACAAGCUCCUUUGGCACAACAGAAUGAUACAGCGGAAGCAGCGGCAGCAGCUGCACCUCCUCCUGAUGAAGAUUCUCUACCGGAUCUUGCUGAUCUUUCUGACUUAGAAUCAAUACUUUCAGUAAAAGAAGAUGAAGACCUAAUCCUUGAUAUGGAUGACACUAUGAUAGAUAUGACUGACAUCUAUGAGGAUAUACUCCCUGCAAUAAAGGAUGAUACAGAAAGAGAAUAA